ACCUUUCAUCAUAACUACAACAAGAAGUUGCUCUAGUCACUAAAUUUCUUUUAGAACAAAUUAAGCUCUUUUAUAUAUCAAACGACAAAUAAUUAAUUAAGAAAAUAUGUCUUGCUGUGGAGGAAGCUGUGGUUGUGGAUCUGGCUGCAAGUGUGGCAGUGGCUGUGGAGGAUGUGGUAUGUACCCGGACAUAGAGAAGUCCACUACCUUUACCAUCAUUCAAGGUGUUGCACCCAUAUUCAACAACUAUGAAAUGGCUGAGGAGAAAGCAGAAGGAGGAAAUGGAUGCAAAUGUGGAUCAAACUGCACUUGUGACCCUUGCAAUUGUUAAGAACUAUUAUGUCUCUUUAUUAAUUAAAACUAUGUUUUAAAAGCUUUUAUUUUCUGUAAUAAUAAUGAUAAGACUAUUACUACAGCGAUAGAACUGAUUAAAUAUAUAUAUAUAUAUGAUGAUCAUCAUCAUCAGUUCUUAGGUUUGUAUGAAACAUGUCUUUCUCUAAUUGGUAUAUUUGUGGAGUGUGAUUUGGGGUUGUAACACAAAUGCAUCACAUCAUUUAUGCCAUUUAAUUAUGUUUAA